AAAGCUGCUUAAACGAGCCUGCACCGUCCCGGAGCUCCGCAGGAAGCGGCCGCGGCCGCGCAGAGACGCAGUAGUGCGGGCAGAGCUGCAUGUGUCCGGCGGGACUGCCCCUGGCUGGCUGCUUCUUCCUGGGGAACAUCAGACUGGAUCAUAUUGUUUGCAGGACGUCGUUCCUCCUGCAGCCCCCCACCCCCCGCUCGAUCCCGACGUAGCUGUGAAUUGAACAUGGCGACUGUACCAGUGUAUUGCAUCUGCAGAUUACCUUACGAUGUGACCCAGUUCAUGAUCGAGUGUGAUGCUUGCAAGGACUGGUUCCACGGCAGCUGUGUUGAGGUGGAUGAAGAUGAUGCUCCAAAUAUUGACAUUUAUCAUUGUCCAAACUGCGAGAAAACUCACGGCAAGUCUACGUUGAAAAAGAAAAAGAACUGGAACAAGCAUGACACAGGGCAAAGCACAGAUAUCAAAGCUGUUCAGAAUGGCAGCCAGGUUUUCAUCAAAGAGCUUCGCAGCAGAACAUUUCCAAGUGCUGAUGACAUAGUGGUGAAACUAAGUGGCAGUCAGCUGACCGUGGACUAUCUGGAGGAAAAUGGCUUCGAUGAACCAAUCCUGGUCCAGAAGAAAGAGGACCUGGGCCUGUCCAUGCCUCCCCCCACCUUCUACAUCAGUGAUGUGGAGAACUAUGUUGGUCCUGAUGUUGGCGUGGACGUAGUUGACGUCACCAAACAGACGGACUGCAAAAUGAAGCUUAAAGAGUUUGUUGAUUAUUACUACAGCACAAACAGAAAAAAGGUGUUAAAUGUAAUCAACCUUGAGUUCUCAGACACAAGAAUGAACAGUAUAGUGGAGAGUCCACAGAUUGUACGGCGGUUGUCUUGGGUAGAAAACUACUGGCCUGAUGAUGCCCUACUCGGAAAACCAAAAGUCACGAAAUACUGUCUCAUCUGUGUUAAAGACAGUUACACAGACUUCCACAUCGAGUGUGGCGGAGCCUCCGUCUGGUACCACGUCCUAAAGGGUGAAAAGAUCUUCUUCCUCAUCAAGCCGACCUCAGCCAACCUGUCUCUUUACGAGCGCUGGAGGUCGUCGUCCAAUCACAGUGAAAUGUUCUUUGCUGACCAGGUGGACAAGUGUUACAAGUGCACCCUGAAGCAAGGCCAGACCCUGUUCAUCCCCUCAGGAUGGAUCAAUGCGAUCCUGACUCCCGUCGACUGCCUGGCGUUCUCCGGCCACUUCGUCCACAACCUGAGUGUUGAGAUGCAGAUGAGAGCAUAUGAAGUAGAGAAGCGACUAAAGGUCAAAACUCUCACCCCUUUCCCCAACUUUGAGACGGCUUGCUGGUAUGUGGGACGGCACCUCCUGGAGCAAUUCAAAGGUUUACAUAAAGCAGAUAAGCAACCAGCUCCAUACCUGAUACAUGGAGCCAAAAUCAUUAAUGGAGCCUUCAGAGCUUGGACAAAAAAACAGGCUCUCCUGGAACAUGAAGAUGAGCUUCCAGAGAACAUGAAACCAUCACAACUCAUUAAAGAUCUUGCCAAAGAGAUCAGACUGUCAGAGAAUGCAACAAAAGCCAUUAAGAGUGAUGCAAACAUGAAGAUCCCUGUGGAGGAACCACCGUCCACGCACUGUGAGACUGACGAGCCAGUUUCUCAAGCACAUAUCCUGUCAUCCAGUAGAGACAAGUCCAGGAAGAAAGCUUCCAAACCUCCCAAACCUCCAAAGAUCCCCAAGGCUCCUAAGCUUCCUAAGGUACCGAAGGUCAAAGACGCAGGAAAGAAGAAAACGAAAAAGAUAAAAGAGAUGUCACCACCCCCUAAACCUUCCAGCUUUGCAGCUCUUGAGUCCCACGCAAAGGACAUCUUAAGUAAAAUGGACCAGCCAAAUAAGACAAAGGCUUUUAAGAAUGUCCUGAGCAUGUCAGAGAAGGAAAUAUCAAAGCAGAACACAGUGGAAAAGUUUGAAAUCAGAGAUCAGAGUAAGAACAAGACUGAGGCAAAAUGGAAGUAUAAGAACAGUAAACCUGAUUCCCUGCUGAAAAUGGAGGAGGAGUGCAAAUUUGACAGAACACCACCAUCAGUCAACAAAGAAAGAUUCAGCUUCUCUAUGUCUCAUAUGAAAGUGCCAAGCUCCAAGAUGCUAAAACCUCAAACCAACUCAAGUAUUUUUGGAUCCUUACAAAACCUUAAAGAGGACAAACCCAAGCCAGUGAGAGAUGAAUAUGAGUAUGUUUCAGAUGAAGGAGAGCUGAAAAUUGAUGAAUUCCCUAUCAGGCGGAAAAAGAAUACCGUUAAGAGAGGUCUUUCCUUUUUAACGGACAUCAUAGACCCCCUUCAGCCAGCGAAAAAAACAAAGUUUCAGUCCUUGGUGACCAAGACCGUGGAUUCUUCAGAUGAAGAGACUCUACACAUAGAUACAGAGGCUAAACCUGAGGUUAAAAGUCGCACUUCUAAGGAAAAAAAAAAGAGUGGAAGUGCUGCAGGAAUCCUGGACCUGCUGCAAGCCAGCAAGCAAGUGGGUGGGAUUGACUACAACACUAACAGUCAGCCGCCUGCGUCUCCCAGCACACAGGAGGCCAUUCAGGGCAUGCUGUCUAUGGCCAACCUGUCAUCUUCUGAGAGCUUGCAGCAGCCGUGGAACAACAGCCAGUCCAAAAACAAUAGUCAGUCGAAGAACAACUCAUACGGCUCGCAGGGCAGCAAGAAGACCAGUGAAGGAACCAGUGGUGGUGGAAGCAGCAACAGUAAGCGGCCAACGAAACGUCUCCCUAAGCAACCCAGGAAAAGUAGCAGUAUUGAGAGUAUGGAUUAUGAUGAUGAUCAAGAUCACAUGGAUGCAUGUUUCAAAGAUUCCGACUACGUUUACCCGUCAUUGGAGUCUGAGGAGGAUAAUCCUGUUUUCAAAUCAAGAUCAAAAAAGAGGAAAAGUAGUGAUGACACUCCAUACAGCCCCACAGCACGGGUAGGACCUUCAAUCCCUCGACAGGAGCGCCCAGCGAGAGACGGAGCCCGUGUGGCCUCCAUAGAAACAGGUCUAGCUGCAGCUGCAGCAAAGCUUUCUCAUCAGGAGGAGCAGCAGAAAACCAAGAAGAAGAAGAGAAGCACCAAAAAGAAGGCAGUUGUAAAUGAAGAGAUCCCAAAAGUUUCUCUGGACACUAGUUCUCCAGAGCACAAUCUGGACUCCCAGGACGGUAGCCAGACGGACCAGGAGUUCAGCUCUGGAGCAGUCAAGUCCCCCGGGGGGCCCACGCCCAUGGCCCCGGGAGUCUUCCUGAGCCAGCGGCGGCCGUCUAUGUCUUCUCCCAGCAACAGCACCAACUUCACCAACACCAACAGCAACAGCACGGCAAAGGGAGAGCGUGUGGGGUCAGCAGACACUAAAGCUAAGCGGUUAAAGAAAGGCAUGGCAACAGCCAAACAGAGACUUGGAAAGAUUUUAAAGAUCCAUCGAAAUGGAAAGCUUCUCCUGUAGUAUUCAGCAGACUGUUGAAAGACUUGGAAUUCAUGAGCUAGGUCUGUCCAAAACUCACACCCUGCUCACUGAAAAAAGCCAACAGUUGAAAAAAAAAACUGACACAGAAUGGGAGAAGAAUAAAAUCAUGCAUUUUUUCAAUUUCUAAGAAGAACAUCACUCAAAUAGGUUUUUGCCUCUACUAAUACUUUAUAACGUUCAGAUGUUAAAUUGUACAGAACCUAUUAUGAAUAUUUUUUAAGAGAACAUGUUUCAUUUUCCUACAGAUGUCAGUAAAUCAGGGGUUGCUAAAACAUUAAAUAGAAGUACAUUGCAGUCAUUCCAAGUUUCUUUAAAGUAUCCAACUCAUGUAUUGAGUUGCAUGUGCAUUUGGUUCCCAAUCAGGGGGGUUGACUCUGCAGUGGAUGCAGCUUAUCAUUGUCACACUAAGAUGAGAUGGAAAUGUCCUCCCAUCCUUCCCAGCCAGGAUUCUAGGCAUAUUCAAAAAUAAAGUUUUGAUUAGCAUCAACUCAAGCAUUUAUUUCUUUAUGCGAAUACUUAACACAGAGCACUAACAGCACAGAUGUUGAUCUUGUCAUUGGAUAGAAAAUGAAGAACAACUGGAAAGCACAAAACAAAUCAGUCAUGAAGAAAUGUGUGGACAUGUUUAGAAUUCAAAUGUAGGAUAACACAACAAAGGCCUGACGACAGGAUGUGGCAUUAAGCUAAUGAUAAGCCUCAUCCAUGUGGGGUCUGCAGUUCAAUGAGGAUACUUUCUCUCUUCUUUUGCUUUCACUGGUAGCACCGUCAGCCAAUCUAGAGUCAGCUGCGUCUUCAGGCUUCACAAGGUUCAGUAUGUAGAAUGUAGCUUGUACAUAGCUUAGGUUUUGUAGCCAGCAUUUUGUACCAGUCUUUAUUUACACACACACACACACACACACACACACACACACACACGCAUACGUGCGUGCGUGCGUGCGUGCGUGCGUGCGUGCGUGCGUGCGUGCGUGCGUGCGUGCGUGCGUGCGUGCGUGUGUGUGUGUGUGUGUGAAAGCAGAGAUUCUUUUAUUUUCAUUAGUUUGGAAGGUGCUGCCUUGAAAACAACUGAAGAAAAUAUUCAUUUUGCUUUCAUAUGGCCUUACAUAUACAACGUUUAUUGUAUUGUGGUUAUGUCUUGAACAUGAGAAGAACUUUGAGGAAAAACGUGUGGGGGAAAAUAAUAAAAGGAACAUACAUUUUUUAUGACCAGCCUCUCGUUCGACAGUAUCCAGGAGGAUUUCAAAAUUAUUUUACUGGCACCUUGUGAAGUGUUUAUGUGUCCGUGAUGUAAUUUAUUAAUGUUUGUAUCUUUUUUAUACAUGUAAAAUUCUUGAGAGUUUUGCUUUUUAAUAUUUCAUCAAGUUGUGACCCUCUAUUUUAUUUUUACUUUUUUUUAUUUAUUUUGGUUGUGUGUGUAUUUGGGAGACUUCACAAAUAUUAUGAGCAUAUUAGAAUCUACAUUGUCAAACAUUUGUUGACCUUUAUCCUUUCCCAUUUCCAAUGUGGAUUUGUUUUACCCUAAAAGCAGCCUCAUCCACACCUUCAUAUCAUCCAUGUUUUGGGGCAUAUUUCAGUCAGGACUUUUCCAGCACGGUUUAGUGUGGUCUCCUUCAGAGAGACAAUGUUUUUAUGUCAUUUAAGAAAUGACACUCAUUAAGAUCAAACUCUGCAAGAUAUAUUUUCAGGUGUUUAUUUGUACGGUAUGUGCAUUGCUUUGCUGUGGUUUAUUUUUGUAUGUCCAAACCAUUAAAUACAUCCACUGUGCCACAACAGUGAAUGGUACCUGUUGUAUCUGUCUUCCCUUACUGUUAUUAACAGUAUUAGUAAGUAUUUACAAACAUUUUUGAUCUGAAUUAAUUUUUUUAUGUAUUUAGAUUAUUCUGUUUGAGGUCAUGGUUCACUUUUUUACGACGUGGAGAAAUGGCAAACUUGAAGAACAAACAUGCUAUUGUUUAAUGAUAUGAUUGUCUGCCUUGUUUAGUUUUGCAAUACAGUUAGUGUCGAAAACCUAUUUUGUAAUGUGUUCCUCUCCCACUUGCAAUAUGACAGCUCUGUGGUGACAACUAAAAGUGUCAUUUUUUUGUGCUUCCAAUUUUACUGCUCUGAACUCGUGUCCAGCACCACACUCAUCCAAAAAGAUGUUUCCCUUCUUUUUUGUAAUGGAGAUGAGGCCGUGCUCCCAGUUACUGUCACAGAGCACAGUUUAUGCCACGUCAUCAGUUUGAACUAAGCCAAAGCCGACCGUAUUAAAACAACAUUAAUGUAAAGGUUCUUUCAAGCAGUCAGACUCGUUUUAACUGUGCUGAGCAAGUGCUGCUAUUGUUAAAUAUGUUGCACAACAGUUCAUACAAAAGAUUAUCAGACAAGAUGAUCCUUGAGUUUUUAAGUUUAAAGCUUGUUCUCACAUCUGUUGUCUUCACCUCAGUAUGAGGGAUGUAGCUGUCAACACUGAGCUGGUGCAAAGACAGUGAAUCUAAUAAUUGAAUGAAUGAAUUAAGGAUGCAUUAAGAAAUGCUGAAGUGAACUGUGACCACAAAUGCAAGAUUCAGAUAUUGAGGCAUGUUCAUGUACCCAAUUUCUUCUUUUUUUUCAAAAUAUUUUACAUUAAUCUGUCAUGUAGAGUUUAUCAGAAUAUUCAAUCCUGCUGAAAGAAAACAGAAUGAAAAGGAUAUUUAUCUUCAAAAUGUGAUUAAUCACCAGUGGCUAAAAGAAAGGAACGAGGAAAAGAGGGUUUCUCAAUGUCUAAGUCUAACUCUAAGUUUUACUGCAUUAGAUUUUCUGAUAUUUGGGGACAUUUUUCUGUUAUGUGACACAAUUUUGGCCAAUUUCAACUGAAGCUAGGCCACAAGUGCCAAAGACUUUGUUUUUAUGUUAAAGGAGCUGUAUGUAAGAGCAAUAAUAAAACGAAUCAUAAAAUGACCCCGAUAUGUCAACAGACAUUUAAAAAUCAUGUUCAUUUCAAAUACUUAUGUCACUGACAACAGCACUCAAGCCAGGAUAUUCCAGUUUAAAAA